GAGGAAGUUCCGGAGGACCGCAGCACGCAGGCGCGACACGCCAGCCCGCCGCGAGUGCGCAGGCGCGCCGGCUGCUGUCCUGAGUGCUCUUCCUUCUCUCCAGACGUCAGCGGCCGUUGGGUCCUAUGUCGCGCCGGGCCCUCCGGAGGCUGAGGGGGGAACAGCGCGGCCAGGAGCCCCUCGGGCCCGGAGCCCUGCAGUUUGUCCUCCACGAUGACGAUGACGCGGCAGAAGGGCCAAAACGGGGGCCGGGCGGCCGGCGCCCCGGGGGCGCAGAGAAAGAAGGAGUCCGAGUCAACAACCGGUUCGAGCUGAUAAACACUGAGGAUCUCGAGGAUGACCUUGUGAUGAACAGGGAGAGGCCCAGCUGUGCGCUCACAGGCACUGUGGUUUCAGAGAGCAAAGGACCGGCUCAGCGUGGAAACACAGAGGCCAAGAAAGAUGGAGAUGAGGCCAGAGCAACUCCCCCAGAGCAGUCUAGUGCAAGUGGCAAGCUCCGAAAGAAGAAAAAGAAACAGAAAAAUAAGAAAAACAGUGCGGGAGAAGCUUUGGAAAACGGGCUGGAAGACGUAGACCGCAUCUUGGAGAGGAUCGAGGACAGCACUGGGCUCGCCCGCCCUGGGCCCCCUGCUCUGAGCUCCAGGAGGCACGCUCUGUACGUGGAGCACAGACACUUGAAUCCAGACACAGAACUGAAAAGGUAUUUUGGUGCUCGAGCCGUCCUGGGAGAACAGAGGCCACGGCAGAGACAACGUGUAUAUCCCAAGUGUACAUGGCUGACGACCCCUAAGAGCACCUGGCCUCGCUACAGCAAACCAGGUCUGUCCAUGCGGCUGCUGGAGUCGAAGAAAGGCCUUUCCUUCUUUGCGUUUGAGCACAGUGAGGAGUACCAGCAGGCGCAGCACAAGUUCCUGAUGGCCGUGGAGUCCAUGGAGCCAAACAAUAUUGUGGUUCUGCUCCAGACGAGCCCCUACCACGUUGACUCACUCCUGCAGCUCAGCGACGCCUGCCGGUUUCAGGAGGAUCAGGAGAUGGCCCGGGACCUCAUAGAGAGGGCCCUGUACAGCAUGGAGUGUGCCUUCCACCCCCUGUUCAGCCUCACCAGCGGGACGUGCCGUCUGGAUUACCGCAGACCUGAGAACAGGAGCUUCUACCUGGCCCUCUAUAAGCAGAUGAGCUUCCUGGAGAGGCGAGGCUGCCCCCGCACCGCCCUGGAGUACUGCAAGCUCAUCCUCAGCCUGGAGCCCGACGAGGACCCCCUGUGUAUGCUGCUGCUCAUCGACCACCUGGCUCUGCGCGCCCGUGACUAUGAGUACCUGAUCCGCCUCUUUCAGGAGUGGGAGGCUCAUCGAAACCUGUCCCAGCUCCCAAAUUUUGCCUUCUCCGUCCCGUUGGCUUAUUCUCAGCAAACAGACCUCCCCGAGCACGAGCUGAACUGCACGAGGGUAAAGGCCGCGGUCCUGGUGCAGCAGGCACUCACCAUGUUCCCCGGAGUCCUCAUGCCUUUGCUGGAGCGCUGCAGCGUGCGCCCUGAUGCUGCCGUCUCGGACCACGGCUUCUUCGGCCCUGAGGCCGAGAUAAGCCAGCCCCCUGCCCUGAGCCAGCUGGUGAGUCUGUACCUGGGGCGGUCACACUUCCUCUGGAAAGAACCUGCCAUCAUGAACUGGCUAGAAGAGAAUGUCCGUGCGGUCCUGCGGGCAGUGGAUGCUGGGGACCCCACUGUGGAGGUCUGUGAGGGCAGGCGGAAGGUGCUCUACCAGCGCGCGCCCAGAAAUAUCCACCGCCAUGUGAUCCUCUCGGAGAUCAAGGAGGCCGUCGCGGCACUGCCCCCGGACGUGACCACGCAGUCUGUGAUGGGGUUCGACCCUCUGCCUCCCCUGGACACCAUCUACUCCUACGUCCGACCAGAGAGGCUAAGCCCCGUCAGCCAUGGAAACACAAUGGCCCUCUUCUUCCGGUCGCUGCUGCCAAAUUACACCGUGGAGGGGGAGAGGCCGGAGGACGGAGUGGCUGGGGGUCCGAACCACAACCAGGGCUUGAACAGGCUCAUGCUGGCCGUGCGGGACAUGAUGGCCAACUUCCACUUCAAUGACCUGGAGGCUCCACGUGAGGACAACCCCGAGGGAGACGGAGAGUGGGACUGAGCCGUGUGCACACGGCCUGACGCCCUGCGUCGUGCUCCUGCCUCUGUCCUGGUUGGGGCUGGCCGCCCUGAGUGCUGCCUGCUCCUGUAAACGUAAACAGCUUGUGCUCUGCCAA